AUGGCAAACGAAGCGACGGCCGAGCAGCAGGGGAAACCGGACAUGUCGUUCUGCUUUAUGAGGGGAUCGGAUCCGCGGGCGGCAACAUGCCGAGGGAAGCUGCAAAGCAAGCGCUGCAAGCUCAACCAGGAAAUCAACAAGGAGCUGCGGCUACGGGCGGGUGCCGAAAACCUCUACAAGGCCACCACCAACAAGAAGCUCAAGGACACGGUGGCGCUCGAGCUGAGCUUCGUCAACUCCAACCUGCAGCUGCUGAAGGAGCAGCUCUCCGAGCUGAACUCGUCCGUCGAGAUCUACCAGAGCGAGGGCCUUGACUACGUCAUACCGAUGAUUCCGCUCGGGCUGAAGGAAACGAAAGAGGUGAACUUCAUGGAGCCAUUCUCGGACUUCAUCCUGGAGCACUACAGUGAAAACUCUCACACCUACGAAGACGCUAUUGCGGACAUCACCGACACUAGACAGGCCGCCAAAACGCCAACCCGCGACGCACAGGGCGUGUCCUUGCUGUUCCGCUACUACAACCUGUUGUACUACGUCGAGAGACGCUUCUUCCCGCCGGACCGCAGCCUGGGCGUUUACUUCGAAUGGUACGACUCGCUAACCGGUGUGCCCUCGUGCCAACGGACGGUCGCGUUCGAGAAGGCGUGCAUCCUGUUCAACCUGGCCGCCAUUUACACGCAGAUCGGUGCCAAGCAGGACCGCUCGUCGGAGAAGGGUCUGGACGCGGCGGUGGACAACUUCCUGCGGGCGGCCGGCGUCUUCCGCCACAUUUUCGACACAUUCACCAACGCGCCCUCGAUGGACCUGAAGCCACAGGUGCUGGAAGUACUGGUUGCGCUGAUGCUAGCUCAAGCGCGCGAAUGUCUGUACGAGAAGCUGCUGCUGCAGCUGGAAAACUACGGCGACGGACCAAACAACGCACAGAGUCAUCGAGAUCUGUCCGGCGAGGCAACGCAGCUAUUUCUCGAGUACCGGGAGAUCCACCGCAUCAUACACAGCAACGAUGCACACACGUACCUGCCCGAGUGCUGGGCCGGGCUGGUUCCGCUUAAGUCGGAGUACUAUAAAGCCCUUGCGCACUACCACACGGCGAAAACGAAAACCGGAGCGUCCGCGAGUAGCAACGACAGUCACGGCAUCAGCAGCGAGAUCAGCAGCAGCAGCAGCGGCGGCGGCAGCAACACCAGCACGCCAGCCCGAAGUGCCCGGCAGCGAUACGCGCUGCCAAAGGACACGUUCAUCUUCGACGAGGCAUCGCUCGAGUCCGACCUGGAGCCGAGUGCGGUGCGGCGAGCCCAUCUGCGCGAGUCGCUCGCCAGCCACGAGGAGGCGCAGCGGCUGCAGCGCAUGUGCCGGGAGCUGAAGAACAAGAUAGCGCUCACCAAGGUGCUGAACUACGCGCACGAGCGCACGAGCGAGGAGCUGGAGGAGCUGGAGCUGGAGCGCUCGUGUGCGCUGGGUCCGGCCGACGCCGGGCUCGACGAGUCCGACCUCGACCUGCUCGACGUCACGCUGAACGCCACGUCCAAGUUCACCAUCACGCUGACCGGGCCCGACUUUACCGCGCACAAGAUCGAGGACCCGUUCCGCCGGCUCGGCCCCAUCGCCAUCUUCUCCGCCCGGCGCCACUGGACGGCCCCGCGCAGCGUCCGGCUGCAGAAGGGCAGCGCCGCGCUCAUGCUCGGCGGUGGCACGCUCGAUCGGCGCCAGCAGCAGUCGCCGCCGUACGGCAGCAGCGGCGGGAGCAGCAACGGCAGCAGCAGCAACAGCAGCAACAGCACCCACAGCAGUGGCUUCCAGCAGCGCUGCUGCGGCGAGUGCGCCAACAAGACGAACUACUACAACGACAGCCGGACGUGCGAGGUCUGUCUGAAGGACGUCUGCAACGUGUCGGAGCGCGAGUUCCGAGCGCUCAAGCUGCAGGACGAUGCCGCCGACCAGCUGUCACAGGGCGUGGACGGUGCGAACAGUGCAUCCGGCGGGGAUAGUGACGUCGGCAGUUUCGGCUUCAACAUCCGGAGCGACGCGCCCGUCAUGGUUUCCACCGUCGACAUCAACUCCCUAGCGGAUCUCGGUGGCAUCAAGGAGGGCGACUUCAUUGUGGAGCUGUGCGGGGUCGACGUCAAAUGGUACACGCUGCAGCAGGUGCUGAAGCUCAUCCGCACCUGUGGCAACAGUCUCGAGCUCAAGGUGAUCACGCCGAUGGAUCGAAACUACCUGAAGCCGAUGGCCCUCAGUCACUGCAGCAAGGGCUCCAUCUCGACGCUGUCCGGCAGCUCGUCCGGCAUCUCGUCCGGGGCGCCGUCACCGACCGGCACCACCACCAAGUCGCUCGCCAAAUCGUCCCGCUCCAAGCUCGGCUCGAAGACCCGCCUCAGCAGCUUCACCUCCGGCAGCUGGAACCCGUUCCGGCGCACGCAGAGCUUGGGAAAAAUCUUCUAG